GUGAAGGGAAAGAGAACGAAGGGAAAGAGAAGAUUCAGGAGCUCAGGGUUCGCAACCCUACUAGCUCUCGACCAUGACUCUGCAAUCAAGGCACGAAGAAGUAGGAGUAGAUGCUGCGAUGGAGGAGGAACAGAAAGGAUAGCAGUCACGAGAAGUUACCAUUGCAGAGAAUCAGGCCAAGACGAGCAACAAAAUUGAAGCCAAAUCCGGUGUCCAUGGGUGUUUUUGAGGGAUUGAAGUGUUGCUGUACAAUGAUCCAGAAAAGAAUCUGUUUGUUUACUGGCGGUCCCAACUCCUUUUUGUUAAAUUGGGAGUGCAGCAGAUCAGUAGGCUACAUUUGAAGCUUCAGGUUGGGAUCCUUGAAGGGUCACACAUAAGUGUUUUCGGAAAAAGAGGAAAAAGUCGACUGUUGUUCUAGCAGAGGAAUGAGGGUAAGCACCAAUUGUUUAUUGUACUAUGAACUUCACAAAUGACACUUUUACAUUUUCAUAUAAUACUUCUUUUGAAAUUUUUUUUAUAUUCAAUCAAUUAUUUCAUGGGUA